AUGUCAGAUCUUGACUACUUGACAGGGGGUGGAAGCGGCUGCCUGUCCAAGCUCAUACGACCACACCAAUCACACGGUAUAUACAGCCAUCAGUCAAUGAAAAAGAAACUCACGUAUUGUUCUUUUCUCCGUAAAAUCCGCAAUUUCAAGCAGGUUCAUACCAUAUGCAAAGCAGCUUUUACGCUCCUUGUCUUCGCAUACAAGGCCCUCAAACAGCAGAUCGAGCAAGACGAUGCAAUCAAGGCCUUAUGUGUGCAACUCCGGAAUAUGCUGUUGGCUGUCCUGACCUGUGAGGACUUGGUACGGAUAGUAUUGCAGAAACUGCGCGUGCUGUUGUUACUGGAGCAACACUCAUUGACGAUUUUGUAAAGCACUCUUUUCUCGGUAGAACAGUGCGGUCGGCUUUCUCUUCCAGUAUGAACAAUCGUAUUACCGCUUGUUUGGCGCGGUUCGCCGAGACCAGAGCCCGCUUUGAGUUAACUUUGAAUGUCCAAACAUGGAAGACGGUUCAAAACAUUCAGCAGGACCUGAAUUUGAAAACUAAGGAAACCCUCGAGGAAGUCAUCCGUUGGGUAUCAAACGUCGAUCCCAAUCAGCCGCGUACUUUCUCGCUCUAUGGGAUGGGUGGAGAGGGGAAUCGGCCGGAGCGCGACAUCAAGAUAGCUUUCGAUGAAUUUCGGUCUUCAGUUCACCAGUACAAUCUGAGUGAAGUUUUCAAUGACAUUGUCAACCGCGAUAUAUCUCUGUUUGUUCAGACCAGCCUCUUAGGAUUGGCCAGACGCUAUCCAGGCACACGCGGAACAUCUGACUGGCAAAGCCUGGAGAUGCAACAGGCUUUGGUAACAAGAGCUGCUGGGCUCUUUAUGUGGGUAUAUACUGCCGUAGAGUUCAUUGGAGAUGGUGAUGUCGAUGAUCCUGAAAGUCAGCGAGAAGUCUUAUUCAGCAAGUCCAUGAAUCUUUCUAUACAAGGCUCCCCUUCUACCAUUCUACACUCCUUGUACUUGCAAGUGUUGAACAAGGCUUAUUCCAAUAGGACUUCCCCUCGCAGCCUCACAUUGUUUAGGGAGAUAGUUGGUUCUAUCCUUUUAAUCAAGGAUCCUUUAUCUACAUUCGCUUUGGGUGGUUUACUGAAUCUUGGACGCUCUGAAGAACCUGACAGUGGAUCUACCGAUACUCCUUUGCCGAGAUGAUUGGGUUUUGGGUCCAGAGAUUAUGGUGGAUGCCAGUGGAAAAUAUGAAUUCAGGUGAUUCAUUCAGACAUGUAUAUGUAUAUUCCACAAGAAAUAGAUUGUUAGUCGUUGGUAGUGGAUCUGGAAUUCUAACAUUUGUGGAUCGUUCUUCUGUUCUACGGAGUAUAUAUCCACACUGGCGCAGGUGCUAGAAAACUAAUUAUACAUUUGUCGCACGAGAGGCGAAA